ACUUCCAACAUACUAUCUCUGAUACGUGGUGACGCUACUACGUUCGACGUUGCUCUCAAACAAGCCAAUCACGUGCCGCGGUUUAGGGAAGGUCGCACUGUAUAUGCUGUUGACGCUGCUGCUGGGUCGAAAGCAGUUAAAUAAAUCCUACAUAUCUCGUUUCUUCGUGGUGUCGGGACGUUUUUACCGAAGAUGAACAGCGUCGGAGAGGCCUGCACCGAGCUGAAGCGGGAGUACGACCAGUGCUUCAACAGCUGGUUCUCCGAGAAGUUCCUGAAGGGGGACCGGAGUGGCGAUCCGUGCACCGAGACCUUCAAGAAGUACCAGCGGUGCGUGCAGAAGGCCAUCAAGGAGAAGGACAUUCCGAUCGACGGAGUGGAGUUCAUGGGUCCCAUCAAGGAUAAACCCGAGAGCUGAUAGAGCGACGAAACGGACUGAUCAUCGAUAAGCCACGCUGCUCAGGGAACGUGUCCAUGAGGCCCGCUGAGCAUGCGCAGAAGCAGAGACUGCAAAAAGGAGCAUGAAGUUGAACUGACAGAGCUGAUCCUGAUCCUGAUCCCGAUCCCGAUCCCAGGGCAGAGACUUUGCUUCAUUUCAUUUGAGGGUUUUGUUUUUUUUUAAAUCGAGUCUACUGCUUCUGUUUUUGAUGAAGAAUGCUGUGAAACAAUCAGUCGAUUAAUUGAUUAGCAGAAAUUAAAUCAGCAAUUAUUUGAUGACUGAUUAAGUAGCUUUUCAAAGAAAAAUUAAAAAUAUUCUCUGGUUUGAGUUUCUCUGUUAGGAUUUUCUGGGGUUUUAUUCAGUUUCAUGUCACUAUAAUUUGAAUACCUUUGAGUUUGGACUCUGGGAGCGAACACAACGCCUUGGACAGUGGGAAAAUGACUUUUUAUAAACUAAACUAUUAAUACAGUAACUGGAUGAAUACUUAUAGAAGCUCAGUCGAUAAUGAACAUCAUCUUUAUGUCUUUACUGUUGAGCUUUUCCUUGAUACAUUU